AUGGAAUGGCUCUCCAACAAGGCUGUGGUAAGAAAGGUACGGAAAGAAAAAUACCUUAUACAAGAAGGAGAUGUCCAACAUCCAGAAAAUGUGUCCAAUGUAAUUGUUGAGAACGAGAUUGAUGUAGCGAGUAUCAAGCCAUACUGUUCUAAAGAAGCAUGGAAAGCAGUAAUUUCUUUAAUGAAAAAAAAAAAAAAAAACACCAUCUGGAUAUGCCCAACGUGCAACUAUCAAAUAGAAGAACGACCAUCUAUUUUGUGCGACUCUUGCUUGGUUUUGCAUCAUAUGGAUUGUGUAAAAACUAAAGAACACAGCAAGCAUUGGUUUUGCGACAAAUGCUAUGCAAAUUUUAAAUAA